CUAUGGAAACCAACUCGACUUUUUCUUUAGCGGUUUAGCUGUGAAACUAGCUAACUUAACGAUCUUCAGUAUGCUUUCUUGGGUGCAGCUAAGUGUUUAAACCAAAAAAAUGAGUUGGGGUUACUACGAGACGCUUGAAAUAAACAGAAACGCAACAGAUGCGGAUAUCAAAAAAGCUUACCGACGUCUUGCGCUGAAGUUUCAUCCGAGCAAAAACAGAGAAGCAGGAAGCACUGAGAGGUUCUUUGCGCUGGGUGAAGCCUACGAUGUUCUCAGCGACCUUCGAAAAAAGGCAACUUAUGAUAAAUUUGGUGAGGAGGGUCUGAAAAGUGGUGUCCCGGCCGAGUUUGGAAGUGGAGGAGCUUGGUCUUCAAAAUACGUCUACCAUGGGAAUCCAGACAAAACAUUCAGGCUGUUCUUUGGGGGUGACAACCCAUUUGCAGACUUUUAUACACAGGCAUCACAGCUUCAGCUCAGCAGACUACAGCCAGAGGUGGUGAAGACACAAGACGCUCCGAUAGAGAGAGAUCUUAAUUUGUCCCUGGAGGACCUCUUUCACGGAUGCACGAAAAAGAUCAAGAUAUCUCGCAGGGUCAUGGAUGAAGAUGGACACACUUCCAGUAUCAAGGACAAGAUUCUGACUAUAGAAGUGAAGCCUGGAUGGACGGAAGGCACAAGAAUCAUUUUCUCCAAAGAGGGAGAUCAAGGACCAAACUGCAUCCCUGCAGAUAUUGUGCUUAUAGUCCGACAGAAGAGUCAUCCUCUGUUUAUGAGACAACACAAUGACCUGAUCUACAAGACCAGUAUCUCUCUGGAGAUGGCACUAACUGGCUUCUCUGUGGAUGUGCAGACACUAGAUGGCAGGCUGCUCAGUGUUCCUGUCAACGACGUUGUGCACCCAACGUAUGAGAAAAUGCUGACUGGAGAGGGAAUGCCGCUGUCACAGGAUCCAUCGCAGAGAGGAAACCUCAUCAUUGCUUUUGACGUCCAGUUUCCAGUGAAGCUCUCCUCUAAAAGCAAGCAUCUGAUCAAACAAGCUUUGGGUCUACAAGAUAACUGAUGUAUUCAUCGCAUGUGCUGCACUC